UUUCGCAGUGAAUUCUGUUACGUUGUAUUUUUCUUUAUUAUCUAUUAUUAAAGUAUUGGUAAAACGAAUAUAACAAACAAUGUGGUUUUCCGGUAAAAGGUUUCGAAGGACGAGAUGUGAGAAUAUAGACGAGUUGUUAGCUGCGACCAAUGCAAAUGAACACAUAGUCCGCAUGCUUAAAGUCAAAGCACCAGUGGUAUGCUACACAGCUGUAGACGGUGACACAAUAAAACUGGACCUGGACAUAGAUGGGAAGAAAAUAUUGUCUCACAUUUUCAAACUGGGAGAAGAGCAGGAAAUGGAAAAGAAGGACGGAAAUAAGGUAAAAAUGACGUACAGCCUGGAAGGUGAGAACACGUUAAAACAAGUGAUUAAGAUGCCAGAUGGUAAAACUGCUUACUUCGUAAGGGAGUUUACAGAUAACGAUGUGAAAAUGACAGUCACAAUGGAUGGCACAGAUCUCAGCGCUACGAUAUAUUACGAUGUGGUACAGUAGCUAAUCGGUUAUAGGAUAUUAUUUAUUUAUUACUAAGUUUAUAAUUUAAGAUAUCAAACAGUAUUUGACACGAAAUUAUAUUAUU